AUGCCAUCCCUGGUGGCAUGUGCUGACUCCCUUCUGAAGGACAGGAAAGCAAAGAAAGAAGAAGCUGCUGUGUUCAAAGGCCAGGCACGUGGGUGGUCUCUCCACACAGAGACUGACAAGGGCCGGGGGUGGCUCAGUAAGACACCCUGUCCCCUGAAGCUGGAGUCACAGGUGGUCAUACUGGGGGCCAUGGAGUCUCAGGUUGGGGGGGGGCCGGCCGGCCCGGCCCUGCCCAACGGGCCACUCCUUGGGACAAAUGGAGCCACUGAUGACAGCAAGACCAACCUCAUCGUCAACUACCUACCCCAGAACAUGACACAGGACGAGUUCAAGAGUCUCUUCGGCAGCAUUGGGGACAUCGAAUCCUGCAAGUUGGUUCGGGAUAAGAUCACAGGGCAGAGCCUGGGCUAUGGGUUUGUGAACUACUCUGACCCCAAUGAUGCAGACAAAGCCAUCAACACCCUCAAUGGCCUCAAAUUGCAGACAAAGACCAUCAAGGUGUCCUAUGCACGCCCCAGUUCUGCCUCUAUCGGGAUGCUAACCUGUAACGUCAGUGGCCUCCCCAAGACUAUGAGCCAGAAGGAGAUGGAACAGCUCUUCUCCCAGUACGGUCGCAUCAUCACUUCCAGAAUCCUGCUGGACCAGGCCACAGGUGUCUCUCGGGGUGUGGGAUUCAUCCGCUUUGACAAGAGGAUCGAGGCUGAGGAGGCUAUCAAGGGAUUGAAUGGGCAGAAACCACUAGGUGCGGCUGAGCCAAUCACGGUCAAAUUCGCAAACAACCCGAGUCAGAAGACAGGGCAGGCCCUGCUCACCCACCUGUACCAGUCCUCUGCCCGGCGCUACGCGGGUCCUCUGCAUCAUCAGACACAGCGUUUCCGGCUGGACAAUUUGCUCAACAUGGCCUAUGGAGUCAAAAGGUUCUCCCCAAUCGCCAUCGAUGGCAUGAGUGGCCUAGCAGGUGUGGGCUUGUCUGGAGGCGCGGCAGGCGCUGGCUGGUGCAUCUUCGUGUACAACCUGUCCCCGGAAGCUGAUGAGAGCGUGCUGUGGCAGCUUUUCGGACCUUUUGGGGCAGUCACCAAUGUCAAGGUCAUCCGGGAUUUCACCACCAACAAGUGCAAGGGCUUCGGCUUCGUCACCAUGACCAACUACGAUGAGGCAGCCAUGGCCAUCGCCAGCCUGAACGGGUACCGCCUGGGAGAGCGCGUGCUGCAGGUGUCCUUCAAGACCAGCAAGCAGCACAAGGCCUGA